UUGCCAAGGUAAACGAUUCCUGGUAGAAGUCUUGGUUGAUACGUUUGGUUCCUGAAAAAUAUUGACUUUUAAUUCGGAAUCAUGAGUGUAGUAAGAACGUAUUCACCGGCGGUAAGAGUUGGAAACUGGAGUGAAGACCUACAGCUGGAAGAAGACCAGCUAAAAGAUUUCUUAGAAAGAAGAGAAAAAGGACAACUACUGAUACAGCAAGAUUCAAACUUGUCUUCAACUCUAGUUAGCAAGCGAGAUACUAGCAUUUCGCGAGACGGGUAUGUCCACUACGGUGAUGUGGUCAACUUGUACUGCAAGGAGGCGAAGGACAGGACCGUGUACUGUCUGGACAUUAAACCACGCGAGGCGACCAUGGUGGCAAUAGACAUGUCGGACGAAUCCCGCCUCUCUCAAGUACUGUCCAAUCCCUGCCCUGUCAUUGGAACAGUGAAGUGUGCACCCAUACUGAGGACUGCAUUUGCAAUUAGGAGUGUGGAUGGGUCACCUGAUGGGACAAGACUAAAAUAUGGCGAUCCGUUUCAGUUGCAAACAAUGGAAGAAGCUGGAAGUCUGUAUCUUAAGAGUGACAAGGUCACCUUUCAACAAUGUUCUAAGAAAUCGGGCCACCAGCUGUUGAAUCUGGUCGCUGAAUCAUCAUACCUCACCCACUGGAAGGUCCUACACAAGAACCCACAAGUCAGGAUGGAAUUUGAAUACACACCCGUCCCGGCGAAUGAGCCGGUAAUAAUAAGUCACUGCAAGACCAACCGAAAUAUGACUGUGGAAGAAAAAUAUUUAAUCAGGAAUGAAUUUGGCAUGGAGUAUGAGCUUUCAGCACACACAUACCUUGAUGCUCACCGGGCGGAGGAGGAAGCCAACGUGUGGACGAUGCAGAUGAAUGUCCCAGGUGAUGAGACGGCUCCCUUCCAUGUUGGUGCCACCACGGAACCAUCGCGACCAAAUACCACAUCGACAUCGGCCUCGCAAAAUGAACCUGCUCCACAAAGUGCAAAAUAACACUCUUGACAUUUAUUAAAUAAAAAGGUGUACGCUGAACAUUUAUGGGAACAGUUUUAAACUGAAUUUUAUUAUUUGUGAGUACAUAAAGAUUUUUCUUUCUUUGGGGAAAAGCAGAAUGUUUUAUAAGAACAGUGAAACCUGUCUAAACCGGACCUUGAACAAACCGGAAUCCUGUCAAAACUGGUCAAGUUUCAUGGUACCAAAUUUUCUAAAUUCUAUAAUGAGACCCUGUAAUCACCGGAUCCUGUCUAAAUCGGAUAAAUAUUACAUCUCCGACGUGAUAUUUUAGACAGGUUUCACUGUAUAAAUUAAAAAUAAAUUAAUAGAAGAUGUAUUACAAAUGAAGUUGUUAGCUGUUUUGGUAAAAACUUAAUAAAAUGUUUGGUAAAGAAAGUUGAGUUGUAAACAAUUUUAAAAAGUGAUAUUUGUAAGAAAUGUAAUUUUAAAGUCACUGACCCUAGUUUCAGAACUGCAUACCUUUUUUAUUUUACAUAUGAUGCAAACACCAGGCCUGGUGCUUAUAAAACUUUUAGAGUCUAGACUCGAGACUCUAAUAGAGACUGAGCCAGUAAUGUCAUGACAACACCAUACAAAUUGUAUGCGUGGUACGUCAUUAGAGACUGAGUUUGGACUAAACGUUUUAUAAGCACGGGCCCAGGAUGACCAGAAACGAAACAUAUUUGCCAAAAUAGAAAAGUUAUAAAAACAUAUUAUAAGUAAUGGGUGCUUUAAUGGUGAAAACCCCACUAUUUUACCAUACCAAUUACUAGGGUUAGUGUCUUUAAGAAUAAAUUUCCAAAAAUCAUUUGGUUGAAUGUUUUUUUUUACAUUACAUAUUUAUGUGAAUGAUAUGUGUAAAACCAGCAUAAUAUUUCAUUUCUCAUUUAAUAGUUGUGAAUGAUCGACACAUAUUUUUAAAAUGUCAUCUUAUUUCACUGCUCUUAUGUCCUGUUACACAAAAUGAUCUUAACUACAACUGAUCUUAGUGACUUGAAAUCUACAGCUGAUCAUAGUGACUUUGCUACUGGUUUUUGUGACAUAUGAUUACAAAUUUUAAAAUUUCAAGUUCUGAGGUCCGUGCCAUAUUUCCAUUCCAGUGACUGAUUGUGCAGUUUAAAAACUUGUCAUUCUCAUCCGGUGUAUACCAACUAUGUGACCAGGUUGGCACUCAACCGCACUGUUGUCACUUAGCACCGUCUUUGUGAUUUUCAAAAGCAUGUCCACCAUGCUGAAUAUGACCAGGCCAUGUUCACAAAUUUGGUAUUUUCACUCAAAUCAAACUUUUUUUAUCACAUACACUAACUCAAUUUGUCCCCCAGUUGUCAGCCCCGAGGUCACACUUACAUGUACUGUAUGCAUUUUAAAAUGUCUUAUGGAAGGCUCCAUGUCUGCCGUACCUGUAAAAUACACAUCGGCAUCACUUGCUUGUCCUUUUGUGGAAUCAUUGUGCCACCCUGUUUUGAGAUUUUUUAGGAGAAAUUAGAUCAUCAAGUCUUUGCAUGUCACUAUUCACAGCUUUAAUUGUUACCCCACCAUACCUCCCCCCCAUCCUGUAUAUUGUAGAAUGAUCACCUGGUAUGAUCACUGUUUUCUGACAGUGAUUCAUGAGUGGAUGCUAACACAACUGUCAAAACAAUGUCCACUGAGUUCCAAUCUUACGCAGGCUGAGAUUUAUCAAUCCAGUUGUAGGAGUUGCAGUUCUCAUGCAGACUUAAUAAGUAGGAAGGAUGUAUCAUCCCUGGGAAGUGGCUGUUCUAUAAACAAAACACCUGACAAAGAUUCACGAAAUGUCUUUUGGACUCUGCCUGACAGAUUUUCAUGGAAGCCUACCAUCAAAUCUUUUGUCAAAAUGUCUUUUGGACUCUGCCAGACAGAUUCAUGGAAGACUACCAUCAAGUCUUUCUCAAAAUAUCUUUUGUACUGUCUGACAGAUUCAUGGAUGUCUAUCUUCAUGUUUGUCAAAACGUCAUUUGGACUCUGCCAGACAGAGAUUCAUAAAAAGCAUACCAUCAUUGUCAAAACUUCUUUUGGACUGUCUAACAGAGAUUCAUGGAAGACUAUUUUCAUGUCUUUUUCAAAACUUUUUUUGGACUGUCUAACAGAGAUUCAUGGAAGACUAUUUUCAUGUCUUUUUCAAAACUUCUUUUGGACUCUGCUUGAGGAGGCAUCAGCUUGAAUGGAUUUUGUUGUUCAGAUUUGACAUCAACACAAUUGCAGUUUUGGAUUAUGAUUAUCUUCUUUUUUUUCUCUCUCUUUUUUAACUACAAAGUAAAAACCACAAUUGUCAAUACUCUGUGUUUGAGAGUUAAACUAAGCUUUGUUCUUUCAUAAUUUUAUUAUUUUAUAAAAUUAUAUUUAAGACAGUCGACUGUACUGAAGAAAAAGAAAGAAUAUUUUGCAAUAUAAUUAUUUAUGACCAAGUUAGUUAUAUAUUGUCUCUUGCCUAACCUGCUGUAUUAAAAGUUAAUAUAUC